UUUAGUUGUGCUGAUUCAGGGAGCAGGAAUAUCAACUCUUGGCAUGUGGGCGCAUUAUCGCGAAAAUUCUUCAAUGUACAAACGCACUCCUUCGAGAGAAUCUACAAACAUGACAGAUGUGGAAGAAAACUCAAGUCUUCUAGGAAAUGGCUUGGAGAAAGAAACAUCGAAUCCUUCUUGGAAGCUCUCCUUACCGCAUGUACUUGUGGGGACCCUUUCAUCAUUUCUAUUUGGAUACCAUCUUGGAGUAGUUAAUGAACCACUUGAAAGCAUAUCUGUGGAUCUUGGCUUCAGGGGAAAUACCUUGGCAGAAGGUCUGGUGGUGAGCAUAUGUCUUGGUGGUGCGUUAAUUGGAAGUCUAUUCAGUGGCUGGAUUGCUGAUGCAGUUGGGCGUCGUAGGGCUUUCCAGUUGUGUGCUUUGCCAAUGAUAAUUGGCGCUUCGAUGAGUGCAGCAACAAACAACUUGUUUGGUAUGCUUGUAGGACGGUUAUUUGUUGGGACUGGCCUGGGUCUGGGCCCUCCUGCUGUUGCUCUGUAUGUGACGGAGGUUUCUCCUGCUUUUGUACGGGGUACAUAUGGAGCCUUAAUCCAGAUUGCAACUUGCCUUGGUAUAUUGGGAGCUUUAUUGAUCGGAAUCCCUGUCAAAGAAAUCUCUGGAUGGUAUGAUUUAAAUUUGAAAUCAUGUUAUAUACUUAUUACUAGUCGCAUACUGGCUCUGGGAAUGGUCUUCUGUGCAGAGAGUCCACAUUGGUUAUACAAGCAAGGAAGAAUUGCUGAAGCAGAAGCCACAUUUGAGAGGCUUCUGGGUGCUUCAGAAGCAAAAUUUGCUAUGUCAGAAUUAUCUAAGGUAGAUAGAGGAGAUGACACUGAUACUGUGAAGCUCUCAGAAUUGGUACGGGGUCGUCAUUUUAAAGUUGUUUUUAUUGGGUCAACCCUAUUUGCUUUACAACAGCUAUCUGGUAUAAACGCUGUGUUUUAUUUCUCUUCAACUGUUUUUAAAAGCGCCGGAGUGCCGUCAGAUAUUGCAAAUGGCUGCAUAGGAAUUGCUAAUCUGUUAGGAUCUAUCAUUUCAAUGGUUUUGAUGGAUAAGCUAGGAAGGAAAGUUCUACUUUUCUGGAGUUUCUUCAGCAUGGCUAUAUCGAUGAUGCUUCAAGCCAUAGGAGCAAGUUCAAUCGUGUCAAACCCAGGAGCUUUGUAUUUAUCUGUUGGUGGCAUGUUACUAUUUGUCUUCACAUUUGCUCUUGGGGCUGGCCCAGUUCCAAGUCUUCUCUUACCAGAAAUCUUUCCAAGUCGAAUCAGAGCCAAAGCCAUGGCUAUCUGUAUGUCAGUGCAUUGGGUCAUAAAUUUCUUUGUUGGACUACUGUUCUUGCGGUUGCUUGAGAAACUUGGUGCACAGCUGCUUUACUCCAUCUUUGCCACCUUCUGCGUGAUGGCAGUAAUUUUUGUUAAAAGGAAUGUGAUUGAAACCAAAGGGAAGUCACUUCAUGAAAUUGAGAUUGCACUUCUUCCACAGGACUAGAUCUUACAAAGAUCCAUUCAUUGCUGUAAUUUUGUUUAGUUUUGAGCUGUCAUAGUUUCAGCUGAAAGCAGGAAUUGUGCGUUGUUGUAAUGUAAUAUUGAAAACCAAGAGAGCCUUUAUUAGUGUAUUAUUACCGUAGCAAGUUUUAAUUUCUUAGUAGGGGUUCUCUUUUUACGGCUUACAAAUAAUUAUUAUUCAGUAUUCUGUUUGGAGCUGUGGGAUCUGUAUUCUAGAUCGGUAGAUCCAUGUGUAUAGAAAUCCAUUCACCACAAAAAUACAAAACAAUCUAAUCUUUUUCCAUCCA